CCUUUUUGAGCCAACAGUAACACGGCUGUUUCACGUAUACAUGAUCUCUAAGCAAGCAAACGUUGACAAAUGAAGAUCUGCUGGGUUAGAGUAAUCAUUCUUUUAAACACUGAACAAGACGUUUCUCAUCAUGGCUUUGAUUCUUCCGGUGGCUCGAAUAUAUAAAACUCGUCUUCUCCUCGCCCCAUUGUGCCUUCUCUAGACCAGUUAAAUCACUCUCAAUUCAGACAACAGCAUUUCGGACCAUAGAAUAGCACGAAAUAACGUUCCAAUUUCUCCAUUGUUCGUGGACCUCGCUUAGAACAUCAAAAUACAAAAAUUCUACAACACUCUACAACAGGCGCAAAUUAUACAAAAUGUCCGGAGCAGCAGCACCACUUUUCUCGCCCCUCAAGGUGGGACGGAUGAACCUCAAGCAACGAGUAGUCCUUGCCCCACUGACUCGGUUCCGCGCGGAUGAGAAUCACACCCACACCGACCUGGCCGUCAAAUACUACGAUCAACGCUCUUCCACACCCGGCACUCUUCUCAUCACGGAAGCAACCUUUAUCGCCGCAAGAGCUGGUUUGUACAAACAAGCACCUGGAAUCUGGAGCAAGGAACAGAUUGCGGCCUGGAGAAAGGUUACCGAUAAAGUUCACGCCAAUGGUUCUUACAUCUACGUGCAACUAUGGGCUCUCGGCCGAGUUGCCGACCCCCAACUUCUCAAGGACACUACUGGCGCAGACGUGGUCUCUGCUUCUGAUAUCCCUGUCGCGGAAGGUGCGACUAAGCCUCGACCCUUGACCGUGGAGGAAAUCAAGGAGUUCAUCUCUGCCUACGAAGCCGCAGCUCGCAAUGCGCUCGAGGCCGGCUUUGACGGCGUCGAACUCCACGCCGCUAAUGGCUACCUGCCGGAUCAAUUUCUCCAAGACCUUUCCAACAACCGCACCGAUGCCUAUGGCGGAAGCAUCGAGAACCGCGCUCGCUUUAUUCUUGAGGUCAUUGAGAAGCUGGUCUCUGUCGUGGGCCAGGAUCGCGUCGGAAUCCGUCUUUCGCCUUGGUCCAUUUACCAGAACAUGGGCAUGAAGGACCCGGUUCCACAGUUUAGCUAUGUCGUCGAGCAACUUGCCCAGAAACACCCCCAUCUCGCCUAUAUCCAUGCUGUCGAAAGCAGAGUCGAUGGAAGUGAUGACACUGCCAAACUCAGAGCUCACGCGCAACUUGACUUUAUCCGUAAAAUAUGGGGAGAUGACAAGGUCCUGAUGCGUGCCGGUGGAUAUGAUCGCGACUCUGCUCUCAAGAUCACUGAGGCCGAGCCCAAUACGCUGGUCGCAGUGGGACGGUACUUUACUUCCAACCCGGAUCUGCCCCGACGAUGGAAGCAGAAUGUUGCGCUGGAGCCGUACAACCGCGCGGUAUUCUAUGCCCAAGGCCAGGCAGAAGGAUACGCGGAUUACAAGAUGGUUACCGAAGUCGAAGCUUGAUCGAUGACACUUUUUCCUUUUGAUAUAGACUUAGAUUAUGUUGUUAGCUUUUACGAGUAGCGAUUUUUGUGUUUCGUGUCCACUGCUUUUAUAUAGAGCUAGUAUGUAUUGAACAAUUUGAGGAUGAUGAGAUCUAAAGUAUAACUACUAUAAUAGACACUUAAUAAC